GACUACUGUCUUAGCAAGGGGGUGGGCUAGGGGAUUAGCAUUUCACGGUGAGCACUGAGCAUGCAAGUACAUGUUUAACCCCUGGAUAAAACCUCUUUGUUCGAGUUAUCUGCAAUGAGGAGAAGGAAGUCUGUGGAUAACACAUAUUGUGGAUUAUGAACAAUGUCUCCCAUUCAACUUGAGAUGUUUCAGAAGAAGCUACACACAAUACUAGCCACCGUGGCAUAUUUUAUCAUUCUUCUCAACUUAGUCAACAGCAUUGGUGAUGUCAACCUAUAUGCUCAUGAAAACCAGACAAUAAACUGCAAUGAGAAAGCAGUUUUACAAUGCAACAUCAGCACGUCAUCCGGGGCAGAGCAGUUUAACCUUAAGAAAACAAACUGGAAAAAACACGAAGAAAAACAUUUCGAAUGUGAUCCAACGUCCAACAACACCUCUCCAGAAUUUAAGUGUGACUACACAAAGAAGGCAUUAACAUUAACUAUUUUACAUCCUAAACCGGCAAACAUGGGCAAAUACUACUGCACUAUACAAACAGAUUCAGGACAUGACUCAAAGGCAAUCAAUUUGUCUAUGAAAGGUGAAUGCACUGGAGAUUUUACCUGGAAGGCCGAAUCUGAUCAGUUUCAGUGUUCAUUUAAUGGCAUUUACCCAGAGGGUACAAUUUACUGGUUUCAUUCUGAUAAUAACGUCACUUCUUACUCUACACUCACAAACUUGACCAAUUCAGAUGGGACAUUCAACAUCACAAGUGUCCUAAGGCCCAAAGACAGCAUGGACAGAUAUAAUUGCUCACUUUGGCUGCUUAAAAAUGGACAAUACCUAAAAAACCAAGAGAUUCAAUUGUCAAAUUUAGUGCGUUCCAGUUUAUUAAGCAGAGCUAAUGGACAACAUUGCUCGUCCUGGACAAUUCUUCUUGUUGGCCUGAUGUUGUCAUUAAGAAACUUUCUGUAGUCUUUGAGACCCUCAACCAAAUAUCAAAAAUGAGAACAGAAACCAAAAAUCUUCAGAGUUUUAAUAAAACUAGAAAAUUACUAUGUUUUAUAUGAUCAUUUGUCAAUCUGUUGUUGAGAAAUUGUGAAGAUAUAAUGACUAACUAAGACAAUGUAAAGAUUGAAAAGGAAUCUCUUUCACAAAUCACAUUUGUUUUUCUUUGAAUUUUUUUUUGUAUGUUUGUUUGUUUGUUUCAUCUCACAUUUUGUAAUAUACUGUAACAUGCUUGAAUACCUGUGAUAUAAAAACUAGUUUCUGUGACAGAUACAGGCCAAACAUAUUCAGACGCUGUUUAAGUGUACAGCAGACAACAUACAGUACAUGCGCAAUGUAUAAACUUAUUAUACAGUUUACCUUAUACAUCUGUAUAUAACUUUGAAAAUAUUAUGUGAAACUCCCAGGUACACAUAUACUGGUAUAAAAAUAAAUAUUUUACAUGUCGAGCUACAAGAAUGUUUGCCAGAAAGUUUACAACAUCUAACAUUGCUCUUAUUGUAAUUGAGUGUUGUAAAUGUGACCCAGUCUUUGGCAACCCAGCAAAAGUUAUGUCUUUAUGAUUUAAUGUUUUUAAU